AUGUUAAAAUCCAGCACGCAACAGCAAAGAAACAUUCUCAACACUGUAAUCGACGCUUUACCCGAUAAUCGACCCAUAACGUCGCUGCAACUUGUGGAAGAAUUUGAAAAGUGUCCAAAGAACUUUCAACCCAUCAAUAAGACGCACGACCAAGAUCAGGAUGCUGAUUUAUGGCGUGAAAAAAUGCUGAUUGGCAAACGAACGACCCGCUAUUUAUGUCAAUCAAAAUCGGAAGGACUGCCCGGCUACAUAGUAGAGACGCUGAAAAUAAUAAACGAGAAAGAAAUCACACCUGAGGGUUUCUCACAGCUUACAAGAACUGCUGACACGGAACAGAAGGCAUGGCGUAAAAAACAACUCGUGUAUCGGUUGGCCAAGAAGGGGUCCACCAAGCAAGCCGUGACGGAUAUUAUUCUGUGCUCUAGGCUUCGUCAAGCACCUGAAGGGUUUACGCUAGCCGGGGAUAUAAACGGCAUUCUAGUGUGCUAUAAAUCGUCUCCAGUUCCACAUCGUCCAUCUCCCAGUGUACCGUCGCGUCAGAGCAUAACUGACCUGGAGAAAACUAUCGAAAACUUGAAGGUGCAGUCAAAUGCACCAGCAACACAACCACAGGACUACGAAUACGUACAACUGUCACCAUCAUAUCAGCUUUCACCAAAACGAGUAGCCCCAAAACCACCUAUGUAUUCAACUGGUACCCUGAACAUACAUACCGACGUGGAAGGCGUACCAUUUUUACUCAAUCCCGCUCUAAAACAAUAUGCCACCGAAAUCCCUGCCGUGUAUACACUGACAGGCGUACAGCUAGAAUACGAUUUUCAUUUAGAGCGGCAAGUACUGUGCACAACAAAAUCUCAAAAUGAUCAAUCAACAAAUCCGUUCUUCCACUGA